AUGGGAACAUGCCAAAGUCAAGAAGAAAAAAUGAUGGCUAACCAGAGUAGUACUGCUCAACAGAAUACUAUUAAAUUACUUCUUCUAGGACCUGGUGAGUGUGGCAAAAGUACAAUUCUCAAACAAAUGAGGUUAUUGCAUACUAGUGGAUUCACUGAUGAGGAAAUAAAUCAACAAAAAACAGUAAUUUACAACAAUAUAGUACAAGGAAUGGCUUCUAUUCUAAGGGGCAUGAAAAAAUUUGAUAUUCCAUUUGAGAAUCCUGAUCGAACAGUUGAUGCUCGUAUUGUAAUUGAUACUUUCAAAUCAUAUAUCGAAUCAGAACCUUUAACACCUACGCUAAUUGCUGCACUAAAAAAAUUAUGGGCUGAUAAACAAGUUCGUAAGAAUGUACACGAACGUGGAAGUGAAUUUCAUAUAGCAGAAUCUACCGCUUAUUUUCUGGAUUCCAUUGAUCGAAUUUCAUUACCGGAUUAUAAGCCUACUCAAAAAGAUAUUUUGCUCAGUCGAAUUAAGACAACAGGCAUUGUGGAAGUGAAAUUCAAAAUAAAAAAUGUUAAUUUCCGAAUUUUUGAUGUCGGUGGACAACGCUCAGAGCGUAAGAAAUGGAUUCAUUGCUUUGAAGAUGUUAAUGCAGUUAUAUUCAUUGCAGCAAUCAGUCAAUAUGAUCAAGUGCUUUUUGAAGACGAAAAUACGAAUAGUAUGAUCGAAAGUAUACGAUUAUUUGAAUCGAUAUGUAAUAGUCGAUGGUUUAUCAAUACAGCAAUAAUUUUAUUCCUCAACAAAAAAGACUUAUUUGCUGAGAAGAUUAAACGGGUUUCGAUCAAAAUUGCUUUCCCCGAAUAUGACGGUCCACAAACUUACGACGAUUCAGUACUAUUUAUCGAAAAAAAGUUCGAAGCUGUAAAUGCAAAUCUAGAGAAAACGAUAUACACUCAUCAAACAUGUGCGACAGAUACGAACCAAGUGCAGAUUAUUCUGGACAGUGUUAUCGAUACGAUCAUUCAGGCUAAUUUGAGGGGAUGUGGACUGUAUUAA